CCUGGUGCGGCCCGGCCGGCCCGCGGGGCUCCGAGGCGAGGCCCGCGGCCGGCCGCAUGAAGGACUGCGAGUACCAGCAGAUCAGCCCCGGGGCCGCCCCGCCGCCCGCCUCUCCUGGGGCGCGCCGCCCCGGCCCCGCCGCGCCCCCCGGCCCGGGCCCCGGGCCCCAGCCGCCCGCCGCCGCGCCGCGCUGGAGCAGCAGUGGCAGCGGCAGCGGGAGCAUCGGCCGCCGCCCGCGGCGCAAGUGGGAGGUGUUCCCGGGCCGCAACCGCUUCUACUGCGGCGGCCGCCUUAUGCUGGCCGGCCACGGCGGCGUCUUCGCGCUCACGCUGCUGCUCAUCCUCACCACCACCGUCCUCUUCUUCGUCUUCGACUGUCCCUUCCUGGCCCGCCAGCUGACCCUUGCCAUCCCCAUCAUCGCCGCCAUCCUCUUCUUCUUCGUCAUGAGCUGCCUGCUGCAGACAAGUUUCACCGACCCUGGGAUCCUGCCCCGGGCCACCGUCUGUGAGGCAGCCGCCCUGGAGAAACAGAUCGAUAACACAGGCAGUUCCACAUACCGGCCACCACCUCGGACCCGGGAGGUGAUGAUCAACGGGCAGAUGGUCAAGUUGAAGUAUUGCUUCACCUGCAAGAUGUUUCGGCCACCCCGGACCUCACACUGCAGUGUCUGUGACAACUGUGUGGAACGGUUUGACCAUCACUGUCCCUGGGUGGGCAACUGUGUGGGGAGACGGAACUACCGCUUCUUCUAUGCGUUUAUUCUCUCCCUCUCAUUCCUGACGGCCUUCAUCUUCGCCUGUGUGGUCACCCACCUGACGCUGCGCUCUCAGGGAAGCAACUUCCUCUCCACUCUGAAGGAGACACCAGCAAGUGUGCUGGAGUUGGUGAUCUGCUUCUUCUCCAUCUGGUCCAUCCUGGGCCUCUCAGGGUUUCAUACUUACCUCGUCGCCUCCAACCUGACAACUAAUGAAGACAUCAAAGGCUCGUGGUCCAGCAAGAGGGGCGGUGAGGCCUCCGUCAAUCCCUACAGCCAUAAAAGUGUUAUCACCAACUGCUGUGCUGUGCUCUGCGGCCCCCUACCUCCCAGCCUGAUUGACCGGAGGGGAUUUGUGGAGCCCGACACCGUGUUGCCCUCGCCCAUCAGGAGCGAUGAGCCAGCCUGUGGAGCCAAGCCCGACGCCAGCAUGGUAGGAGGCCACCCCUGACCUGGGCUCAUACUCGCCACCUGCUGGCCUGUCCACCCCUCCGCACUCACCUGCCGCCCUCCACACCUGCCGGGACCCUCCCCAUUCCACCCAAGGGAAGCAGAGCUGCCAAAGACUCUCGUAUUUAUUUCCCACCCUGCGUGGCUUUCCCCACACUUCCAUGGCUGUACCCUCUGCUCCCCAAACCCAAGUUCCCACAGCCUUCGGCCCGAGAUGUCUCCCAACUGAUUAGUGGCAGGAGUGACAGGAGAGAGAGGCCAGGGACCCUGAGGCUGCGAGGGGACGUUGCCAAGUCUCUGGCUAUGCCAGAGCAAGCCUCGCGUGAGUGAGGGAGCUGACUGAGUGCGAUACCUCCCAGGUGGGGGCGCUGCUGGGCUCUGCUCAGCCCGGGACCUGGGGGUGAAGCGGGACCCAGGAGCAUUCCGCUCUGGACAGCAGGCUAUAGAAGAUGCCUCCUCUGUGGGCUGCUGUGGUGUAUGGACUCCUUCAUUCCUUCUGUGAUGAUCAUUGUUCUUUCUUCUGUUUUUGUUCUUGUUUUCUGUAUGGAGUUGGCCAAUAGGAUAGAACUGGGGGUACAGAUAGAAAGGGCAGAGGUGGGGGCAGGUGGGCUACAGCCUGUGUCAGAGGAAGCGACACCAGCCAGCCAGGUACCCAAAACCUCAGCUCCUGCAUGGUCCCGGGCCACACGCUAGGAACUGGGGGCCUUGACCUCUCACUACCCAUGGCGGGUUUCUCUAAGAGAUCCCAGUCUGGCCCCCCAUCUCUCUCCCAAGUCGGUUCUUGGGCUGGGCGGUUGUACUCAUGCUGGCAAUACUUGAAAUGGGUUUAUUAAUGCUGGGUAUUUUGCACAAUUUUAUAGACCUCUUUUCUAUGUAGCAUUUUUUUAAACGGAAGAAGAAAAAAAAAGUCAGCCACGUUGCUAUCUGUGUAGUGCCAGGUUAAGGAUUAUCAGAAGGCAAGUUGGUUUUAAUAAAUUUAUAAGAGAACUUCUGGCUGUGAACGUGUGAGUGUGAGUGUGUGUGUGUUCGCAUGUGCUCUUGUACGAAUGUGGCUGGCUCCCACUUCCCUACAUCCCCUAGGCUGCCCCUCUCCCCACCAUCCCCCUCCAGCGUCAGCCAGCAGCAGCAGGAGCCGCCUGAGUCGUGGCCACAGGGAUCCCGUGCCUUGAUCACAGGAGCCCCCUGGGUUCCCGCCGAAACUCAGCCCCCUUCCUCCUGUCUUUGCUUCUUCUUCGGACAUUAGGAAGCCUGGGACCUGCCCAGACAGGCUGAGGCUGGGCGUGGUGGAUGGAGUAAUGGCUACGGGGAGCGGCUGCCGUUCUAUAAGCCACACUCCCUCCUCUGGGCUCUGAGUAUGGGACCUAGUGCCAGUGGCCAGAAGACAGGGAGUCUCUGCCAACUGGAGGACCCCGUCCAGAGAAAAGGGAGGAAAGAGCAGGGUGGUCCAAGAGGCAAGUGAAGUUUGGCCUAAAUCUAGGUCAGAAGCUCAAAGGAUGUCUCUUCUCUGCUGGAAAUUAUAGCUUCUUGUCGAAAUAGAUAGGAAAUUGUCCCACCCCCUCCUUGGCUCUUCAGGUGGCCUGAAGACCUUGGAAACCAAUGAGGAAGUCCUCGUGUCUUGCCCUUCCUUGCUGCAAAGGCUAAUGGGUCACAGGCAGCUGAGAAAUGACAACCCCAGAGGAUCCCCUCUGGGAGAAGCAGCUCUACCCUAGUGUCAGGACCCUGGGCCAGGCUACAGUGGGGAGGGAGCUGGCUAGAGGAGGGGACUCCCACGUGCCUUUUAUUUAAGCCAGUAUUCUUUGUUCCUGCUUGUAAUAAAAUUUUUGUUUUUAAGAGUUGA